AUGUGUGGAAUCUUCGCCUGUCAUCGUCACCCCGACGUCCAAAAAUUCAAGCCGACGGCCCUGAAGCUGGCCAAGGCUAUCCGUCACCGUGGCCCCGACUGGAGCGGUAACGUUAUUGCCAACAAGACGAUCCUGUGCCAUGAGCGUCUCAGCAUUGUCGGCGUCGAGUCCGGCGCCCAGCCCCUUACCAACGACGAUGAGAGCAUCAUCCUCGCCGUCAACGGAGAGAUCUACAACCAUCGUCUGAUCCGUAAGGCCCUGAAGCACAAGUACCACUUCAAGACCGGCUCCGACUGUGAAGUCGUCAUCCCCUUGUACGAGGAGUACGAUAUCGACGCCCCUAAACACCUCGACGGCAUGUUCUCGUGGGUUCUGUACGACAAGAAGAAGGACCGCACAGUUGCUGCCCGCGACCCUAUCGGUAUCACCACUCUGUACCAGGGCUGGUCCUCAAAAGAGCCCGAUGCCGUUUACUUUGCUUCCGAGCUGAAGUGCCUGCACUCCGUCUGCGACAAGAUCGAGGCCUUCCCCCCUGGUCACGUUUUCGACUCUGCCACCGGCAAGACCACAAGAUAUUUCGAGCCUUCCUGGUGGGACCCCGCCAAGGUUCCCGACACCCCCGUCGACCUCACGGCCAUCCGCGAGUCCCUCGAGAAGUCAGUCAGAAAGAGACUGAUGGCUGAGGUUCCUUACGGUGUGCUCCUCUCUGGUGGUCUGGACUCCAGCUUGGUCGCUUCUAUCGCCCAAAGAGAGACUCUCCGCUUGAAGCAGGCGGCCCUCGACGCCAACGGCGGCACGCUGCCCACCGAGAACCCCGAGACUGGCGAUGGUAUGGUCGGUAUCGACGACGACAACAAGCUGUCAACAGUCACCUACCUGCCCCAGCUCAACUCCUUCUCAAUUGGUCUGCCUGGAUCCCCCGACAACAAGGCUGCUCUCGAGGUGGCCAAGUUCCUCGGCACCAAGCACCACGUCAUGACCUUCACCAUCGAGGACGGUCUCAACGCCCUGUCCGAUGUCAUCUACCACCUCGAGACAUACGACGUCACAACCAUCCGCGCCUCUACCCCGAUGUACCUCCUUUCCCGUAAGAUCAAGGCCAUGGGCAUCAAGAUGGUGCUCAGUGGUGAGGGCAGUGACGAGAUCUUUGGCGGUUACCUCUACUUCCACGCCGCCCCCGACAGGAAGGCCUUCCACGAGGAGACCGUCCGCCGUGUCAAGAACCUGCACCUUGCCGACUGCCUGCGUGCCAACAAGUCGACAUCCGCCUGGGGUCUUGAGGCUCGUGUGCCGUUCUUGGACAAGCAGUUCCUCGAGACGUGCAUGAACAUCGACCCCGCGGACAAGAUGAUCACCAAGGAGAAGAUUGAGAAGUACAUCCUGCGCAAGGCGUUCGACACCUCGGACGACCCGUCGGCGCAGCCGUACCUGCCCGAGAACAUCCUCUGGAGACAGAAGGAGCAGUUCUCGGACGGUGUCGGAUACGGGUGGAUCGACGCGCUCAAGGACAACGCCGAGAUCCAGGUCACGGACGAGAUGAUGAAGAACCCCAAGCCCGAGUGGGGCGACGACAUCCCCGACACUAAGGAGGCCUACUGGUACCGUCUUAUGUUCGACGAGCACUUCCCGCCGCAUUGCGCUUCCACCGUCAUGCGCUGGACCCCCACUUGGUCCAAGCAGACGGACCCCAGUGGCAGAGCCAUUUCCAUUCACCAGCAAAAGUACAACGAGGCAUAA